CACUUACAUACUCUGUCCUCUGACUUCUCUCACAUCCCAUCUUCAUCACACUACCAUCCAACAUAGUCACAAGUGUCAAUCUCUCAGUUACCAAAACAAAGCAAUAAAUUAAUAAAUCAACAUAUAAACAAAUAAAUAAAUAUAGAACUAUGAAAAAAAAGUCUCAACCUUUCUCUUUCUAUGUGAAGUCCAUGGAAGGUCAAGAAAGAGAAGGAAGUUGAAUUGAGGUCACUCAGCUUUGAAUUCUUAAUGCAAAGACUUGAUUUUGAGUUCUCACAAUUUUUUCAGGAAAAUAUGAAGACCAACAAAGUUCACUCUAAAUUUAUGUCCAUGAAGUUCUAUUCUGCUUCAGCAGCUUCUUUCCUUUUAGUCAUAGCAAUUAUUUUCCCUCUUGCUAUUGCCGAUCUUAAUUCCGAUAAGCAAGCCCUUCUUGAUUUUAUCAAUGUUGUGCCGCACCGUAAAAACUUGAUGUGGAAUCCAUCCACCUCAAUCUGUACAUCUUGGGUUGGUAUCACUUGCAAUCAAGAUGGAACUCGAGUUGUUAAUGUCCGGCUCCCUGGAGUUGGACUAAUUGGCUCCAUCCCAUCAAAUACACUCGGAAAGCUUGAUGCUGUGAAAAUUAUUAGCCUUCGCUCCAACCUACUUGGUGGAAAUCUACCUGCUGACAUUGCUUCUCUUCCGUCUCUUCAGUAUCUCUACCUCCAACAUAAUAACUUUUCCGGUGAUAUUCCUACCUCGUUGUCACCUCAACUAAUUGUACUUGAUUUGUCUUAUAAUUCUUUCGCCGGCAGAAUUCCAAAGACAUUACAAAAUUUGACAGAACUAAAUAGUUUGAAUCUCCAGAACAACUCCCUAUCUGGAAGUAUACCUAAUCUCAAUGUUACUAAGCUCGGUCAUUUGAAUUUAAGCUACAACAAUUUGAGUGGACCUAUCCCUUCAGCCCUUCAAGUUUAUCCUAAUUCGUCGUUUGAAGGAAACUAUCAUUUAUGUGGACCGCCUCUAAAGCCGUGCUCUACGAUUCCACCUCCUCCUGCCCUGACUCCUACUCCAUCAUCCGCACCUGGAAAACAAAGCUCCAAAAGUAAAUUGAGUAAGGUAGCUAUCAUAGCCAUUGCGGUUGGAGGAGCUGUAUUGCUAUUUUUCAUAGUUCUUGUUAUUGUUCUUUGCUGUUUGAAGAAAGAAGAUGACGGUGGUUCAAGAGAAGUUAAAAGGAAGGGUCCUAGUGGCGGCGGCGGCGGUGGUGGUAGGGGUGAGAAGCCGAAAGAAGAGUUUGGGAGUGGAGUGCAAGAACCUGAGAAGAACAAGUUGGUUUUCUUUGAAGGAAGUUCUUAUAAUUUUGAUCUUGAAGACUUGCUUAGAGCUUCAGCAGAAGUUCUGGGGAAAGGUAGCUAUGGUACCUCGUAUAAGGCUAUAUUGGAGGAGGCCAUGACAGUUGUGGUGAAAAGGUUGAAAGAAGUUGUGGUUGGAAAAAAGGAGUUUGAUCAGCAGAUGGAGAUUAUGGGAAGGGUUGGACAACAUGCAAACGUUUUGCCGCUUCGUGCUUAUUAUUAUUCAAAAGAUGAAAAGCUUUUGGUUUAUGACUAUGUUCCUGCUGGCAACCUUUCUACACUCUUGCAUGGCAAUCGAACAGGUGGAAGAACUCCAUUAGAUUGGGACUCGAGAGUAAAAAUAUCUCUCGGAACUGCAAGAGGAAUGGCCCACAUCCAUUCUGUCGGCGGUCCCAAAUUCACACAUGGAAAUAUCAAGUCCUCAAAUGUCCUCCUCAACCAAGAUAACGACGGCUGCAUUUCUGAUUUCGGCCUAGCCUCACUUAUGAAUGUUCCUGCAAACCCUUCUAGAGCUGCAGGUUAUCGCGCUCCUGAGGUGAUUGAAACCCGUAAGCACUCACAUAAAUCAGAUGUCUACAGCUUUGGUGUCCUCCUUCUCGAGAUGCUUACAGGGAAAGCACCUCUCCAAUCUCCUGGACGCGACGAUAUGGUUGAUCUCCCCAGGUGGGUUCAGUCCGUCGUUCGGGAGGAGUGGACAGCCGAGGUUUUUGAUGUAGAGCUAAUGAGGUACCAAAACAUUGAAGAGGAAAUGGUGCAAAUGUUGCAAAUUGCCAUGGCUUGUGUAGCAAAGAUGCCUGAUAUGAGACCUAACAUGGAUGAAGUGGUGAAAAUGAUCGAAGAGAUCCGGCAAUCUGACUCAGAGAACCGUCCAUCUUCUGAAGAGAAUAAAUCUAAGGACUCAAAUGUUCAAACUCCAUAAAUUGAUUAACUGUGGUUUUUUUAUUAACAAGGAAGUGACAUUAAAUGGUACAUAAGAGUACAUGCUUAGUCAUCAAGGUUUCUCAAACUGUAUUCAUUUCAAAACUUUUCUGUCUAAUUGUUCAAUAUUUAUCACAGAUGGAGUUCCUUUAGUUAUUUUCUUCUAAUAGUUAAGUUGCUUUCUUUAAAUUCUUAUGUAUUAAUUAACAUCAUAAUUCAAUUGAUGAUAUUUUGAUUCAAGUACAUUUGGUGAGUUGUAUUGUAUUGUA